GAAGCAGCCUUCAGAGGUGGAAGCGGGGCGAGCUUCCACGGGUGGCCCCGAGGCAGGGGCAGGAGAAGAAAGCUCGCGUCCCGGCACACGCGCCGCAGUCGUUAAGGGCCUCCGCUGCCGGGGCCCCGGAUGCCUACGGCUGCACCCAGAAGGGGGUUGGUAUCGGGACAGACAGACUCCUUUCCCACCAGACCUUAAGAAAAGCGAUCUCGGAGCAGAAAGCUAAACGCAAGGGGAAGUGCCAAAGAAAAAUGUCGCAUAACACUUAUAAUAAAAUAUGGGCAGAAGCCCAAGAAUCCCUCAACUGUCUGUUGCAAAAGGAGAUUGAAGAGAAGUCCCAAAAGCCACUGAAAGACCGCCUGGUAGUGUUUCAGAUGCUUGCUACUUUCUACAUCAAAUACGUGCAGAUAUUUCACAACUUGGAAUCAGCUUAUGACCAGACUGUUCACCCCCAAAAACGCUUAAUUAUUCGGCAAGUGCUGGAUGGUGUAAUGGGCCGUAUCUUGGAAUUGAAGAAUGAAAUGGUAGAAUUGGAAUACUCAGAAUAUCAUUAUUUUGAUGACAUCUUACAGGAUCUUAAAUUAUCCCCUGAAAACAUUGAAAUCCCUAUCCCAAGGUACUUUAUCAAGGAGAAAAUUAAAGUAAUAAAAGAGAGAGAGAGAAUCCUUGCUCAGAUAAUGUUGGAUGCUGGAAUGUAUGAGGAUGAACCCAAAAAAGCUGUGAAGGUCAUGCCCUUAGAAGAAGCUGUUCGAAUAAUUCAAAUAGCCGAGCGAGCUCGACAGGGCCGACUCAGGGCUACAUUCAUGAAGCAAAUCUUUCUUGAAGAAAAGAGAGAAAGAUUAGCCAGACUUCAUGGUACAAGAGGUCCAGAUGUUGAAACUGCUGCAGUGUGCAUUCAAAGGAUUUGGCGUGGACACACCCAGUGGAAGAAAACUCUGAAAAUUAGAGAAGAAGAAAUGGUAUUUCUUGGCAUGACACCACCUCCUCAUUUCCAGAGACCUAGUGCUUCAUUGUUACGUGCCCAGAAAGUGGAUAUUCUAAGGUGUGAAAUUCAGGAGAAACAUGAAUCAGACUUUCAGAAAGCUUUAGUAAGCAUCAAAGAGCGAGUCAAAGAAAUUGAAGGGCCCGACAUCAAAGAAAGCCUCCAAGAUCAGAUCCGCCAGUGGUUUAUUGAAUGCCGGCAUAUUACAGGAAAAUUUCCUGAUUAUCCAGAUGAAGGACAAGGUGGCUCAGCGGUUCUUUUCUCUGAAAAAACUCCAGAAGAGGUUGCUGCUGAGCUAACUGCUAAAGCAGAGGAAGAACAGAAAAAGAAAGGAAAGAAAAAGGGACAAAAGGGAAAAAAAGAAAAAGGCAAAACAAAGGGGAAGGGAAACGAGAAAGAAGAGAAGAAACCAAAGAAGAAAGAUGAGGAAGAAGAAGAAGGUUGGAAAAUGGCCCCAAGUAAUUUUCUCCCAAUAAUGGAAGAAGGAAACAACAAAUACAAAGAUAUUUGGCAGAACAGAGAUGAGAAAUGGAACUUUUCACAGGAGUAUGAUCCAGAACUAAUCAAAGAGGAAAAAAGGAAAGAAGUAGAAGAAGAGAUCAGAGUUCAG